AUGCAUCUUCAGCACCUUCUCGCAUCCCUUGCUCUCGCCCUCCCACUGGUGGCUGGGUCUUCCUCCAUGAGCACCCUUGGCUGCUACUCCGACGUCGCUGGCUUGACGAAUGUGAAACAGUUUACUUUCCAAACUCACCAAUACUGCAUUAAGCAAUGCACGGAGGAAGGCUUCCAGUUUGCGGUUCUGAAGGAUGGAGCCACAUGCGGCUGCACUAGCACUGUCCCGCUCUCCACCGCUAAGGUUGACGAUGAUAAGUGCAACUCAGCCUGCGCUGGUUGGCCUGAGGAUGAAUGUGGUGGCAAAGACACCUACACCGUCCUGACAACCAACAAGUUCCUCUCAUCCUCGUCCACCAACAACACUGAAGCCGCCGCCAACUCUGCCUCCGAUUCCAACUCUGGGCCUACCUCCACCGCGGCUGUCGCAACUACAAACGGUGGCAUCAUCAUCGCUGCUACCAACGCCGCGACCAACACUGUGACUGGCGCCUCGACCAUGGUGACGAAGGGUACCACUUCUCUCCCAUCUCCAUCGAAGUCUAGCAUUCCCUCUGGAGGUAUCACUGCUCUGAGCUCGUCCGCCACGCCCACACCCACCUCUAACGCCGCGGACAGCCUUCGCGCUGCUCCUGUGGCCGGUGCUAUUGUCGCUGGACUUGGAUUGCUUCUGUAA